CCGAAGCUGGGGAGACAGCCAGAGGGCAAAGUGAGCACCAGUCACCUCCAGCUCAUCUUCUGAGCCAGACGGGCAAAACUGGCACCAGUGUCCUACAGCUCAUCUUCUGAGCCAGACGGGCAAAACUGGCACCAGUCUCCUCCAGCUCAUCUUCUGAGCCAGACGGGCAAAACUGGCACCAGUGUCCUACAGCUCAUCUUCUGAGGGAAAAUGGAUCGCCCCCUUGAAUUUCCCCAAGACGUCCUCAGCGACCCGUUGUAUGGACAUCAGGGACGGUGGCGCUGGAGACAGGUAAGUCCUCUGACACCACCCAAUAGGAGGUAGCACUAGCCUGCCAGGAUAAAUCAUGCCAACCUCCAGGGCUUUCCCCCAUCCGUGCUCCUUUUCAAUCCCCAGAGAGUGGACCAAGGCAUUCACCGUUUGCCUCGACAGGCGAAAAUCCCUUUUCAGCUCCACAACAACGGUCGCGUUCUGGCAACCGCCACUUCAAGUAUCCAUACAAGCCUGCCUGCAUGCGACAAAAGUACAUAAUAGCUACAAAAUUCACGGUCGAGAAAUCAACGGUUGUAAUUUAUCUAUAGUAGCUAGCGAUUGUGUACAAAUUGUAUCUGAAAUGUUUUUAAAUAAAGGUAAGUCUCCAUGAAAGUUCAGAAAACGUGGUCACUGUGAUGUUAUUAGCGUAAUAAAGCGCUAUUAAUGUUAAUUCUGUGCUUUUAUUUUGGUAGAAUAACGGCCGGAACUCAAUAGAAGUUUUUACCGGAAGUUAUAUAAAGGAAGUCUAAUUGUUGCUAGCUUCACGGAGCUCGGUUUAUCCAUAGACAUGGAUUUGACCCGGAAGUCUCGAAAAUGCUAAUGACCCGAAAAAAAAGACGACACUACUUCUGAAGCCUGAGACAGGUGCAGGCCACUGAACUGUACGAGAACAAACAAACUUCAAAAGAACAAGUUAGUGGCCUAAAAUGUGAAACUUUUUGCACGAAAAUACAAAAGGAAGCCAGAUCUUUCAGUAACAAUUCCAGCCGGAAAUGAGAAUUGCAGGUUAUGGAAUCCUUGUUGCGCUUCGGUUGGCCCAGCUGGCAGUACCUCCAGUCUACUCUGUCCGCACGUUCGUGAGCUUCGGCUGUUCCCUCACUCUUCCCUGCCAUGGAGACCCCAGCAGGGAUGUGGAUUGGUUGUUUCAGCAGGAUGAGUUUCCUGAUUGGCUUUUUGUGGCCCAACUCCACACCGGAGCCUUUUCCUCUGGAGACGGCUUCCAGGGACGGGUGGAAUCCUUCCACCUAACAGAGCCAGGAAACUACAGCCUCACCCUCAGUCCUGUGGUGUACAGUGACCUCGGCAUUUACAAGUGCCAGUACAAGGAUGAGACUGAGAUCCUUCUUUCAGAUGUGAAACUAGAAAUUAGAGUCACAUCAAAUGUUUCUAUAGCGAUGGGAAUGUCCGUCAGUCUUCCUUGCAUUGGGAAAAUUAAUAUGCAAGCACGUGCUGGUGAUCUGGAUAUCCUCUGGAAGAGAGGUGGAGAGAAAGUUUACCAGAUCCAUAAGAACACCAUCACAUAUGGUCCCAGGUUCGAGAACAGAGCUUCAGUUUCCCCAGAACAAGCCCUCUAUGGAAACAUGUCUUUAACCAUCAGACAGACACGGUUUUCAGAUGAAGACGACUACCAGUGCUUCUACAACAGUCCGAAAGAGAGGGGGAACCCAGAUUCUGCCAGUCUCGUUGUGACAGGCCACCCACCCCAGACCCUCACAGUGAAGGCCGGUGGUUUGCUCUCCAUACCGCUCUAUACCGCAGACCCAGUGAGGGUAACAUUCAGUGCCCUUGGUUCAGAUGAAGUGAUGAUGCUCGAUGCAAAUAAAGGCCCAGCCAGGUACGGGAAGCGUUGUGCUCAGAGAUGUAAGCUACAGAACUACACCCUUUUGCUGAGGAGUGUGACACUGGAGGAUGCCGGAGUCUACAAGGUAACCGAUCCUGAGACCAAGAAGACCAUCGGCUCUGUCUCUCUGCAAGUCUCAGGUGACAGCAGUGGCACCCGGUGUGGUCUUCUGCUGCUGUAGCCCAUCUGCUUCAGGGUUUGACGUGGUGUGUGUUCAGAGAUGCUCUUCUGCAUACCUCGGUUGUAACGAGUGGUUAUUCAAGUUACUGUUGCCUUUCUAUCAGCUCAAACCAGUCUGGCCAUUCUCCUCUGACCUCUGCCACCAACAAGGCAUUUUCGCCCAGAGAACUGCCGCUCACUGGAUAUUUUCUCUUUUUUGGACCAUUCUCUGUAAACCCUAGAGAUGGUUGUGUGUGAAAAUCCCAGUAGAUCAGCAGUUUCUGAAAUAUUCAAACCAGCCCGUCUGGCACCGACAACCAUGACACGUUCAAAGUCACUUAAAUCAACUUUCUUCCCCAUUCUGCUGCUUGGUUUAAACUUCAGCAGAUCGUCUUGACCAUGUCUGCAUGCCUAAAUGCAUUGAGUUGCUCCCACAUGGUUGGCUGAUUAGAUAUUUGCAUAAACGGGUGCAGUUUGCAGUUGAACAGGUGUACCUAAUGAAGUGGCCAGUGAGUGUAUGUGUUACUCACCUCAUGUACCCCUAGACCUUUGGGGUCGUAACAGCUACUACUUUUAAUCAGACUUCUAACUUGGCAUCAGCUCUGCUUGUUGUAUGAACCUUUAUGGAGGCACUUUUUGUAAGUCCCUCUGGAUGUUUGCUAAAUGUAUUAUUGUUGUUGUUGUUAUCAUUGUUGUUGUUAUUAAUAUUAUUAUUGUAGUCUUCCUUCCUGAUUAUUACCUGCUCUUCUCUGUUUCUCCCAAAUGAGUCCCUCUUUCUCCAUGUUCUCUCUCAGCCUCUGCGGGACUCUCUGCUGGUGCAGUGGCUGGGAUAGUGGUGGCAGUGAUGGUGUUGCUGCUGGUUCUGGCUGGCAGUGCCUUUGCAGUCUGGAAGUUCUUCAUAAAGACAGCAAACCUUGAAAUAGCCAAUGCAGAAGAUCCCUAAGGUUCCAACAGCAGAGCAGCAUGCGUUCUGUUUCCUGACAGCCAUGAACCCCCUCUCUCUGUGUCCUGUAGGGCAGUUGUAAGUUGUUUCUCUGCGGUCGCCUCUCUGAGGGCUCAAAUGCUUUAUUUCUGCAUAAGCUCCCAAAUGAGUCUGUGUCUGUUACUUUCAAUAUUCCAACACUAUCUUCCACUUCCCUUCAGGAUCGCCAGACCCCUCAUGCCAGAUACCCAUAAUUCUAAGACACUGGGGGGGAUUAACAACCUCCUUGCAUGUAGAGGAGGCAUAGUAAGGACUGUUCAUUCGAUGUUAACCACACUAACGGUGUGAACCCCCAUGGUGUGAUAGCCUUGUGCUGUGCCAACUCGACGCCUAGAUAAUUGCUGUGUAUCCCUAUAGAGCACCACCGGCGACUAGCGGGCACCGUCAGUAUUUCAAGGCCGCUCCAUUCACACCAGCGAAUGGAGGAAAGUCUAAUUGAAUAAUUAGCAAAUACAAUUACAAUAUCCAACAGGUCUGAAAAACUCAAAGCGAGUGCAGGCUAUUAGAAUCUUACAGUGUCACGUUUCUGAGUUCCCUAGCCUGCACAACUUAGAAAUAAUUCGUCAUCUUCUCGUAACCUGAACCAAAAGUAAUCAUGUUUUGUAUGGGUAUAUUUUAAUACUCACAACGAAGGUCGGGGUACAAAGUAUAUCCACCUUUCUUGCAUUGCUAAAUAAUUAUCCAACUAGAUCAAAACUAAAUAAAUAUUUACCAAAGUUAUUGAAACCCGCCCCACAAUGGGAAAGGCGAACGUGAUAUGAAGGUGUGCUCUCAAAACAGCCAAUCACAGCUCAGACUGCACUCUCCUGGUCAGGUCAAUGACCACUGAAGCCACCCUUCUUCUUUUUCAAAUGUUUCCUUUUUCCUUCGUACCCAAGCCGUGGGUCACGUUGAUUUUUAGGAAGCUAUCCUAGCCUCUGUGUCCCCGCCGAAUAACCCUGGAUCGGUGUACUGUUGGACUUAAGAGUGUUCGCACCACUUUGGAACCGUGUGUCUACGCUUGGAAGUACUGACGGGCUCGUGUUGGGAGUCCGGUGUCGCUGAUCAAGCUGGCCUAUCCCAAGCUGCAUUUUCCAGCUUUGAACUUAGCGCGUGCUGCCUCAGCUGGGUCUUGGGGAUCACUUCCUCCUCCCGCUCUCCUCUCUUCCUCUCCACACUACGACUCAUAAGUAACGCCAUAAUUCGAAGUUUAACGUACCGUUAGCUAUUUAUGCAUACAUCCGUACGGAGCCAGCAGUAGCAAGACAGUGGCUAGACGGUAAACCACAUUGUAUGGACAGAGUGUGGCACAGUGGGUAAGGAACUGCGCUUGUAACCGAAAGGUCGCAGGUUCGAUUCCCGGGUAUGGACACUGCCGUUGUACCCUUGAGCAAGGUACUUAACCUGCAUUGCUUCAGUAUAUAUCCAGCUGAUUAAAUGGAUACAAUGUAAUUGGAUACUAUGUAAAAAAGUUGUGUAAGUCGCUCUGGAUAAGAGCGUCUGCUAAAUGCCUGUAAUGUAAUGUAAUAUGGUUAAAGAACUUUGUGUUAUGAGUCGAGUGUUACUGAUUGUUGUCUGUCUCAUACUAAUCAUAGACUACGUGGUAUUAGUUCAUAGUUCUGUGUAGUGGUACCCAGCAACCUUGUUGAGAGAGCGUUUCACUUAUGAACUAUAAUACUGAUACUGUAACGUCUGACUCGUCACUACAUUCUACAUUAUAUGUACGGAAUUGUAUUGUACUAUACUGUGCCAAUAUCUUAUCCCGUAUUACAACCAAACUGCUUAACUUCCCAUAACAAUUAUUUGUUAUUAAAGCUUAUAUUUUUGUAUUUGUUUUGUACAUGCUAAUGGAAUGAUCACCAACGAAGUAGGGGGGGCAAUCUUCCCUCUGGUACAAAUAAACCUCAAUGCCCCAGUGCAGUGACGGGGACACUGUGCUGUAGGAGAUGCCGUCUUUCGGAUGAGACGUUAAACCGAGGUCCUGACUUUCUGUGGUCACUAAAGAUCCCAUGACACUUAUCGCUAAGAGUAGGGGGUUCCCCGGUGUCCUGGCCAAAUCCCAGAUCUGGUUCUCGCAAACUUGCCACUAAAAAAUCAUCCCCAGACUUAAUUGGCUAAAUAAAUGUUCUCUCCCUCUCCACCUUCGCUAAUGUGUGGUGAGCGUUCUGGCGCAAAUUGGCUGCCGUGCAUCACCCAGGUGGGUGCUACACAUUGGUGGUGGGUGAGGUGAGUUCCCCUUCACUGUAGAGCACUUGGAAAAGUGCUAUAUAAAUGUAAUUAAUAAUAAUAGGCAUUCAAGGGAUCAGCCCCCGCAUACCUCCACAAGAUAUUCAAACCCUACAUGCCAGCCAGAUCCCUCCGUUCUGCUACCUCAGGACGCCUAGCACCUCCCCCUCUUCGUACCUGCCCUUCCAGAACACGUCUCCUGUCUGUUCUGGCCCCACGAUGGUGGAAUGACCUCCCUGUGGAGGUCAGAACAGCUGAGACACUGACCCAUUUCAAACGGCGAUUGAAGACUCAACGCUUCAGGCUGCACCUCUCCCCAUCCCUCCCUUCCCCCCUGUAAAUGACUAAACUUAGGGUUGUAACUAGGCAGCUGUUUCGUAGGUGACUUAGGUGCAUUAACUGUCUGAACGACUACUUGUAUUUUUUCCAUAGAUUGCGUUGUUGCCAUUCUUGUUGUUAGUGUUAAUCAGUUUAACCUCAGGGUCCAAGUUGAACUAUGCGGUUGUUCCCUGCACUUGGACCGGUACUUCUCUCUAGGGGUUUCGUCAUACUUGUUCCUGGUUAUGGUUAUACACUUUGUUGUACGUCGCUCUGGAUAAGAGCGUCUGCCAAAUGCCUGUAAUGUAAUGUAAUGUAAUAAUAAUAAUAUCAUGUAUGUAUCUGUAGUGUCUUGUCAUUACGAACCAACCAACGCACUAUUUAUUAACUUACAUGCUUUAAAAUUUUAUGAUCUAUUUGAUCUUAAAACUGCACAGAUAAUGUACAAUGUUUUAAUACCAUGUAAGGUGACCUUGAGUGUUCAGAAAGGCACCUGAUAAAUGUAUUAAAAUAUUGUAGUGAAUGAAGAAUAAAAAGCUUGUUUGCAGCUUGAAUGUGA